CGCUGGGCGCGCUUGGGCUCGGCCCUGCGCGCCGCAGCUCGGGCCAAGGGACGGCAGUGACACCCCGCAGCACCGCGACCUGCGGGCGGCCUCAGAAAGAUUAUCGAUAAGGAGAUUAAUCCCUUUGUGGACAAGUGGGAAGAAGAAGGACAGUUCCCAGCACAUAAAGUGUUUAAAACCCUGGGACAGGCUGGAUUCCUUGGUGUGGAUAAGCCAACAGAAUAUGGUGGCAUGGGCUUGGACUUCUCCUAUAAUAUUGCAGUGGCAGAAGAGCUGGGAAAUAUCCGCUGUGGAGGUAUUCCUAUGGCUAUUGGAGUGCAAGCUGGCAUGGCUACUCCUGCUCUUACAAGGUUUGGUUCUGAUGAGUUGAAAAAACAGUUCCUUGCACCAACUAUAGCUGGUGAUUUUGUGGCUUGCUUGGGAAUCAGUGAACCUGGAGCUGGAUCUGAUGUUGCAAAUAUCAAGACAACAGCUGUGAGAAAAGGUGAUGAAUAUGUCAUAAAUGGCGGUAAGAUGUGGAUUACGUCUGGGAGCCAAGCAGACUGGAUGUGCCUGCUGGCAAACACCAGUGAAGGACCUCCCCAUCGAAACAAAUCUCUCAUAUGUCUGCCAAUGAAUCUACCUGGCAUUCACGUUGCUAAAAAGAUAGACAAACUGGGCAUGAGAUCAUCGGAUACAGCUCAGAUCUUUUUUGAAAAUGUAAAGGUCCCCAGCAAAAACCUCAUCGGUGAGGAAGGAAAGGGUUUUACAUAUCAGAUGUUGCAAUUCCAAGAAGAGCGGCUGUGGGGAGUAGCCACUGUCCUGACACCACUGGAAACUAUAAUACAAGAAACUGUUGACUACACCCGCCAGCGGAAGGUGUUUGACCAGUCUGUCCUGCACAACCAAACCGUGCACUUCCGCCUGGCCGAGCUGGCAACCGAAGUGGAGCUCCUUCGCUCGCUGCUGCACCGUGCUGUUGCUCUGUAUGUAGAAGGAAAUGACGUGACAAAAUAUGCUUCCAUGGCUAAGCUAAAGGCAGGACGUCUGGCCCGUGAAGUGACUGACAGCUGUCUCCAGUUUUGGGGAGGAAUGGGAUUCACCAGUGAAGUUCUGGUGAGCAGGUUUUACAGAGACUUGAGAUUGAUGUCAAUAGGAGGUGGGACAGAUGAAACCAUGCUUUCCAUCAUAUGCAAAUACAUGGAAAUACUUCCAAGCAAGUGAAACAGCUCCACUCUUUCUGGAAAAUUAGGACAGCAAGAGCAUGGCUUGUGCUGCACACUGAAGGUACCUUCCCUAUCUUUCACUUCUAGCAAGCAAUCAUGACAAUGAGCUGUGUCAUCUUUGCCAAGUUCACAUCAACUCUGUCAUGGAUGUUUGGUGAUGAGAGUAGUGGUUGAUUUUUAUUUGCAGAAUUCCAUAAUCAACUCUUCAAUUGUAUCUGAAGAUUUUGGAGGCCUGAACUUCAGCAGCAAAGUACCAUGUUUUGUGCGUAAUUAUUAAAGAAAAAUAUUAAACAUGUUAAUAUGAAAA